UGGAAAGAUGGAGGCUUUCGUGGCAGGCUUCUUCAGGGCGCCUCCCCGCGCCGUCCCCGCCGCUCGGGCUCCGCUCCCCAGCCUUCCCCUCUUCCGCGGCAGGCGGCGCAGGAGGCUCUCGUCCUCGGUGGUCUGCAUGGCGGUAACUGGCCUUUUCUUGCCCUCUGUACGCGCUUUGGGCGGUCGUCUUGGCCCCAUUCCUCGACCAGUUCGUGGAAAUACUACAAUGGGUUCCGAAUCGUUUGGGGGUUCAAUUGGCUUGUGAAGGCUGGUUCUUGGAUCGAAACGGCAUGGUGAAGCAUGUGGUUAUUGUAGUUGUCACUUAUCCUGAAUCAACUACUCUGCAAUUGAUGUCUCCUUUCCUUCAGUUUCAGAAUUUUUGGAUUGGGAAAUUCUGCUGCUGCUUAUUCAUGCUGGACGCUGGGUGGUUAAUUUGGGCACUAAGAAUCCUACCUUUCGUACUUGAACUGAAGCCAUUAUAUGAUAGCCUUAUGAGUAUUUCUUUUAUAUGCUUCAUGCAGGAGCCGUACCUCAUAGCGAAGUUGGAUUCUGCAGAAAAGGCUUGGAAAGAAAUGUCGGUUAGGUUAGCAGAUCCUGACAUUGUUUCCGAUCCUAGUGAAUACCAAAAACUUGCGCAGUCUGUUGCUGAACUGGAUCAGGUUGUGACUGUAUACAGGCAGUUUAAGGAUUGUGAGAGGCAACUUGAACAGACAAAAGCUUUGGAGAAAGAGAAUGGAGAUGACCCUGAUAUGGCAGAGAUGAUAGCUUCAGAGCUGGAGUCCUUAUCUAACCAGCUUGCAGAGCUUGAGGAAAAAUUGAAGUUACUACUGCUUCCCAGCGAUCCUCUAGAUUCACGCAACAUCUUACUUGAAGUAAGAGCAGGUGCUGGCGGUGAUGAAGCUGGAAUUUGGGCUGGUGACCUUGUACGCAUGUAUCAAAAAUAUUGUGAGCGCAACUCUUGGAAGUUUAAGCCGGUUUCUUGCUCAGAAGCAGAAAUGGGUGGAUACAAGACAUAUGUGAUGGAGGUCAAGGGAAAACAAGUCUAUAGUAAAUUGAAGUUUGAGUCAGGCGUACACCGUGUUCAGCGUGUUCCCCAGACAGAGACUAUGGACCGUGUUCACACGUCAACAGCAACUGUAGCAAUUAUGCCGGAGGCUGAUGAAGUUGAUGUGGUUAUUGAUCCAAAAGACAUUGAACUUAAAACGGCAAGAUCUGGUGGAGCUGGAGGGCAAAAUGUUAACAAGGUGGAAACAGCUGUUGAUCUUGUUCACAAACCUACGGGAAUUAGGAUAUUCUGUACAGAAGAGCGGUCACAGCUUCAAAACAGAGAACGUGCAUUUCAAUUAUUGAGAGCGAAACUUUACGAGAUAAAAUUAAGGGAGCAACAAGAGUCCAUAAGAAACCAGAGGAAAUUGCAGGUUGGUACUGGUGCUCGAUCUGAGAAGAUAAGGACAUAUAAUUACAAGGACAACAGAGUGACUGAUCAUCGGUUGAAGAUGAAUUUUGAACUGACUAGCUUCCUUUUAGGAGAUAUUGAGUCUGCUGUCCAGUCUUGUGCUGGAAUGGAGCAGCAGGAACUCUUGGAGGAAAUGGCUACUUCAGUGGGUGCAGUGAAGGUAUGAUCCGCACAAUUGGUCCUUUGGCAGCAGAUAAUCUAACUGACGAUGUAUUCAAAUGGAUGGAUAAGUUGUACAUGAUGAAGCCGAACAAUACAAAUUCCGCAUACGCGCACAUGUUUCUGUAUUUUAUGGUCAUAAAAUAGUGUCAUAGAACAUACUGAUGCAUCUCUGUUUUCCUGAGGACAGCAGAUUUUGAGUAGUAAAAAAUAGACACGUGAUGCACAAUUUAACUACUCCAGUAUCACAAUUCAAUGUGAUUUAAUGCAUUGUUUCUUGUGAA